AUGCCAGCAGACACAUUAUGGCCAGUAAAAAAGGCAACCCUGUCGCCUCCGACACUUCCCUCUCUUGCGAGCGCUAUCGCAGCUGGACUGUGUUCCAAUUUCGCACAGUCUUCUUGCUCAGUUGCGACGCCACCAGAUCUGACUCUCAAGCCCUUUCAUCUCGCAGCAUCGGGUUUGGCUGGUGCCACGCGGGUAGUUGAUGUUGGAGGGCCUCCUCACCUUCAGCCAACUCCCGACCUUAGCAAGGAAUAUGAUCUGCUUUCAAUCUCCCAGCAGGUUGGCAUGAACCAAUCGACGGGCUUCAUGCUAGGUGCUGGGGCAGGACCUUUCCAUGUCCUCGGACAAAACUCUGAGCUGAUGCCCAACUUCGCCUAUGGAACAGCUGCUGGGUCAGAUCAAACUCGCAAUCGCACCCAUUAUGCAAAGAUCACCUCUUCGAAUGAUGUCGCCUGCUGCCAGCUUCCUGAUAGCACCGGCUUUGGGCUAAUGUGUAAUCUCUUUUGUUCAGAUGGUCUCCCUGGACCAUGUCUCCACAUCACUGCCAAAUCCCGAGUUGGUCCGCUUAACUUCACCGAGACGAUCCAAGACGCACUCAAAUCGACAUUCGGAGACCAGCUCAUUUCCCUGGGUGGCGUCUUCCUCAUAAAGCAGGGCAAAGCGAACCUCCAUGUUAUGCCGGAUUUUCUAUCACGGCCUUUCGGGUCGCGGAAAGAAGUGGAAGAAUGGUUGCGCUAUUUCGAUAUGCAAUUCAACCAGGAAGACCCCUUGAUCUGUCUCAGUGUCUUGCAUUCGGGAAAUGAUGGAGGGAUGGACUUGAGGAUGGAGCACACGCAUUGUUUCACUGUUAGCACUGAUGGUGAUGAGAAUAUGUCGACCGAAAAAGGUGGGCAUUAUCACUAUGACCUCGAAUCGACAAAGGGGGAAAUUGAAUACGAGGGAUGGUUCAAUGUUGCUGAGCUGCUAUAUCGGGUUGAUCAACCUUGA